AUGAAGUUCCAUGCCAAUGCUCUUAUUGCCAAGUUCUGUAUAAGAUCAUGCUUUUUGCCGGCCCAGUGCCUCCUGUCUCUUUUGUACCGUCAUCAUACCGUUUAUUCUUCACUUGUCUCCUUGGGAAAAACCCAUCUUCUCAUUAGAGAAGCUGGAUUUGCAAUCUUUCUCCAGUCCAAUACGCAAGUUCUCAUUCAAGCAUGCCGCCCAGUUCUUGGAGUUGAUCCAAUCUUGUUUUUGCCAACCUCACGUAUGGAACGUGGCCGUUUGAUUCGUUGGAGAAUGGGGUGGUUACCAGGCAAACCAAAGGAAUGUCCUUGUGGAUCAGAUCAUACCUCACACUGCCAUUUGUUGGAUUGUCCACUUGUUCCUGUGGCACUAUUUGAACAGUUGCCUCAACCUGACCAAGAUCAGAUACACAGAAUUGAUUUUGCCAUCACAUCCUUGCCUUUGUCAUUUCAAGAACCGCGAUCUGCUUACUGGAUACUACUGCUGACUAUUCUCUGGCACAUAGAUAUUAUAUGUAAUUCUGAUGGUGACUAUUCACAUGAGACUGAACAUGCUGCAAAGUGGAGAGCAGGUUCAGCCAUUGAAGCUAGUAUGAUUUGA